CGAUGAUAGUGUUUGAACUCAAAUGCGUGCAUAAUUUAUUGCUUAAUGGACAAAUAAUUAAUGUAACUUCUGUGUUGAUACAACAAUCAGUUUGAUGCAAAGCGAUUGAUAGUCGGUUGAAAUGAAGGAAAUAUUUAUAUUCGUUUUCAUUAUUUUGAUCGAGAGCAGUUCUUCCCUUUUCGAUAAUGAGCUCAACUUGAAAUGUACAGGAAGGAAGUUUGAGAAUGUUUCAUUGACAGCUUAUUAUCCUGAUUACGAUGAUGAAGAUAACCAGAAGGGCUAUCAAGAUUCAAAAGGACAUAAGUUACGCACACUUCAGGACUACAUCGAUGAUAGGACCAACUAUGUCACUCUGGCUAUGGACGAGACCCUAAAUAUACCAUACGGUACAAAAGCUUGCAUUCCAGAAUUGAAUCAACAUUUUGGCCACAGGGUAAUUUUCGAAGUCAGAGAUACUUCAAGUGAUUCAAAGGGAAGCAGAUAUAAAAGAGCUGAAAUUUGUGUUCGUACAGAAAUUGACAGUUAUGACAUAAGUGUGAACAGAAUGGCUACGUUAUAUUUAAUGUGAAUUAAAGAAAAAUCUAAUUAAUUUUGUUUUUUUUUUUGUUUUACUGAGA